GAAAUUGGUGAAUUAGAAAGAGAAUUUUUUGAUUAUGGUCAAAGCGGCACAUGGUAUCCUUUGUCUUGUAUCCCAAGACACAAAGUUGCAGUAAUAAUACCUUUUCGUAAUAGAGAAAACCAUUUAAAAGUUAUUCUUAAAGUCCUGGUGCCAAUGUUACGUAGACAACUAUUGUUUUAUACAAUAUUUGUUAUCGAACAAGAUUCACCUCUUAUUUUUAAUAAAGCUUCAUUGAUGAAUGCCGGCUUUAAGGAAGCAUCAAUGUUUCAAAACUAUGACUGCUACAUAUUUCAUGACGUUGAUAUGCUCCCCGAAAAUGAUAGAAAUUUUUAUACUUGUUCACAUGUUCCUCGUCAUCUAGGAGCAUUUGUGGAUAAAUGGGAUUAUAUAAUACCGUAUAUUGAUUUGUUUGGUGGAGUUACAGCCUUCAGCUACAAUCAUUUCUUGUCAGUCAACGGUUUUGCUAAUUCAUUUUAUGGCUGGGGAGGUGAGGAUGACGACAUGAUUAUGUUUAGAAAACUGAACGUAACGAGAUAUCCUAUUGCAAUUGCAAAAUAUACAAUGAUAAAACAUGUAUCUGAUGAUGGCAAUCCUAAUAAUAUAAAAAGGUGCCAUCAAGCUUUCAUUUUCCGGCCAAAAUUAUACAAAAAUGAUGGUUUAAAUACUUUGCAAUACAAAAUUGAAAAGAUGGAAGUACGUCCUUUGUACAUUUGGUUCCUUAUGUCGUUGCCUCCUCAGCCUCGUUAUUUGACAAAACAAACCAAAACAACAACAAAAAAUACUUGA